AUGUACGGAAGCAGCAAUACUUCUAUAUCGAACCUAUCAACAGCUGAGUCCACCCUCAAUGAAACAGUAGAACCUGGCUCUCAACAAGACACAACUGUUAGCGUAUCUGAUAUGCAGGGGAGGCAGGAGGAGAUUAAAUAACUGACGAAUGAAGACUUGGAUAAGAGAGUGGAUAUUUACCUCACAGAGACAGAAACUCUUUGGAUGUUAGAUAUAUCACCUGCUGUGAUGUCUGUAGAAUCAGAAGAUGCUGAAAGAGUUCAGGAGAGGAAUAAGAUUUAUGCUGACUUCUGCCAAAACAGAUUUGGUAAUGAUCUCUCUGUAGAAAAAAUGACGCAAACCAUUAAUGGAGCCAUAAAGAACAAGGAAGUGCAAUGUGACAAAAUCAUCGUGGAAGAUAAAGGGGUGAUGGUCACGUCCUGGGACUUGUAUGAUUCAUUUAAUGUAUCGGAAACAGAAACUCCAUCAAAAGCAGAUGGUAACAGAGCCACAGAUGGGAAAGGCAGCAAAUCUCAUGCAACUAAAGAACACGAUCAGACUAUGACCAUCUCUUCUAACAGAGGCAGCACAGCUUCUAUAACGAUGUUGGAAAGUGCUGUUCUCGCCAGAACCCACGAAGAAGAGGAAUGCCAUUCAGAAGCUAUAUUAACAUCAGAAAACUUUCAGCAGGAAUUUUUCAUGGAGAGGAUUCUAAUGAAGAAUAUUUUUCAACCCAAAUUUGCAGUUUAUCGGCAGCUUCCUGUCCUUCUAGAUCCCGAUGUUACCUCUGGUGGUACAGUAACAGCUGUGAAAGAACCUAAACAGGAAGAGCAUGACAAGGAAAAGAAGGAUAAGGAAGAGCAGAAAGAAGCAUUCAUUGACCCAUCGAUUCUGUCAGAUCCAAAUAAAACUCCAGAAGUGGAACCUCCCCAGCUGAAACAUCUGUGGUCAUACAUAUGUGAUUUAACUAAUGGUCACAGCGUAAGCACUAUGGCUUGGAACAAAGUAAACCCGGACCUUUUAGCUGUUGGUUAUGGAGCGUUUGAUUUUAAAGACCAGAAGAAAGGCUUGGCUUGCUGCUGGUCAUUGAAGAACCCCAUGUGGCCAGAGCGUAUUUUCCGGUGUGAGCACAGUGUCACUGCAUUGGAUUUUUCCAUGGCAAACCCGAAUCUUUUGGCAGUGGGAAUGUACAAUGGUUCUGUGGCAAUCUAUGAUGUACAGAGUCAUAACGAUGCUGCGCUUUUGGACAGCAGUGAAUCUUCAAAUAAACAUAGAGGUCCUGUAUGGCAGCUGCGGUGGGUGGAACAGGACAGAGGUGCAGCAGGAGAUGGCAAAAAAGAGAGAUUAAUCUGCAUCUCAGCAGAUGGCCGAGUAACUGAGUGGCUUAUCCAGAAAAGAAUGGACUGCACUGAUCUCAUGAAAAUAAAAUGAAGGGAAAGUGAGAAGAAAAAAUUACCAGGUGAGAAAGAAAGGAAAAAGGAAGCUCUGAUAUCUCACCAGGCAGCUGGGAUGUUCUUUGACUUCCAUCCAAAGGACACUAAUUUUUAUCUGGCUGGAACAGAAGAGGGUCAUAUCCACAAGUGCUCUUGUUUGUGCCGUGAGCAGUUUCUAGAAACAUACAGGGGCCAUAAUGGUCCAGUGUACAAAGUGGCCUGGAAUCCAUUCAGCACCGACACAUUCCUGAGCUGCUCUCCAGACUGGAGCGUUAUUUUAUGGCACCAGCAUUUGCAGGCACCCGUUUUAACUUUCAGUUCCACUGCUGCUUUUGUUCAUGACAUUAUGUGGUCUCCAAAAUCAGCCUUCAUAUUUGCAGCAGCAAACGAAAGCAGCGCAGAAGUCUGGGAUCUCAGGGUCAGCAUCUUGGAACCCGUGAUCUCUCACUUUGACAACCCAAAAACAAAAUUCAUGUCUGUGCUCUUUGCGAACACUGACUGCCUUCUGGUGGGAGACAGCGCAGGAGAAGUGUGGGUGUUUGAGCUGCAGAACCUGGUAGCUCCCAGCAGCGAUAAGGUUGAGGACUUACACGACAUAAUUUGUCUUUCUCCAGCUAUUUAA